UCGAUAUGAUACUCUCUGUACGCUGUACGUGUGCGUAAAUAAUGAUCCGCAUGUGUACGUCAAAGUUUGCAGUUCUCUUCAGUCGGAGACGCGGAAGAGCUAUUAGAGACGCUCGCAUUGUAGGAGUGGAGGAAACGCGUCGAUGGCGAGCGGAAGUCUCGUUCGACCAAGUCAAAGGCCGAACAAGAUCCUCCAACAUGGAAUAAUUGUCACUCGAAGUACAGGAAAGUCUGAGGGAAAUUGAAAGGGGACUGUCUGUGGUAGCAAAUUUUUUAAAAGCUCGCCAGACAGAAUUAUGAAAGUCGAAAUCAUUUAUCUACUUUUGAUCAUCGUUGGCAUCUAUCCGGGCAAAUGCGAUCUUUUCAUGGACUUUUUGCGCAGCGUUUUUCAAGAGGGAAGGGACAAAAUGGAUGAAGUGGGAAUCUCAUAUCCCGUACGGUACAGCGGUGUACGAAAACAACCUAUAAUUCCUGACGAUGUCCCGUUUCCUUGCAACGUGCGCUACGGCAGAUCCUCGUCAACACCAGACAAUGUUCAUCGAUUGAGACCGGGUGACAUUGACGUGAUCGGUGGUCUCGGUGAUUCUUUAGUCGCCGGAAGCGGCGCGCUGGAGGAGUUCGCUAUAGGAACCUUCAUCGAGGCCCGCGGAGUCAGUUGGUGCACCGGGGGUCAAGGAGAUUGGAGGCGUUUCUUCACACUUCCCAAUGUUUUAAAGGUGUUUAAUCCAAAAUUAACAGGAUAUUCCACCGGGACGGGAGAGUUUAUCUCAGCCGCGGCGAGACUGAACAUCGCCUUUCCGGUCGCUGCUACGGAGGAUGCGUUGCAGCAGGCGAAAAUCUUGGUGCAGAGAAUUAAAAAUGACCCGAGGAUAAAUGUGAGGAAACACUGGAAGCUCAUUACGAUUCUAUUUGGGGCAAACGACAUCUGUUCAGCGCAAUGCUACGAUCCGCAACAAUUCUCGCCCUUGCGUUAUAUCCUGCAUUUACGAAGGACGCUCGAUUUCUUGAGGAUCGCACUACCCCGCACGCUAGUCAAUCUGGUUCCAGCGAUAGAUGUCACGGUCUCGGUUAGGGUAACGCGAAGUACUAUGUGUAAUAUAUUGCAUCCCCUUUACUGCGCCUGCAUGCACAAGGGUAGCCGGCCAGAAAUCGCAGCGUCGAAAAUGUCACAACUCUAUCAACAAGCAGCCGAAUCUUUAGUAUACUCAGGAAGAUAUGAUAAUUCACCGGACUUCACUGUGGUGUUGCAGCCAUUUAUUAAGUUAUUUAAUGCACCCAAUGCAGAUCCUAAUCGUGCUCCGCCGAUAGAUUCCAGUCUGGUCACAUAUGACUGUUUCCAUUUCAGUCAGAAAGGACAUGCACUCGGCGCUAAUCUUUUAUGGAACAACAUGCUGGAGCCGGUCGGAAAUAAAACGGAAAAGGGAUUACCCAGAAUAUUGGACAAGGUGCUCUGUCCCACGGAAAACGCGCCCUACAUCUUCACGAACGUUAACUCGCGGGUUUUCCGCAUGACUGGCACACAGGAUGAAAUUGUGCCUAGAUAUAAUAGUAUAAGUCUCGGUAACUGAUCUUAAUUUACCAGGGAGAUUAUUACGAAAGAAUUUGUUUUGUGGAUUUAUUAUGCAAAUACUUGUUAUCGAUUACUCACAUUGAAAAGAAAAAUCUGCAGGAUCAAAAUAAUA